AUGCUGCGAGUCAGGUGUCUGAGAGGAGGUAGCAGGGGGGCCGAGGCUGCCCAUCUGAUCGGAGCCAUGCUUGGCCGGGCGGUGACUGGAUGGGCGCAGAGGGCCUUCCAGAGCACCUCGAGUGCAGCAGCUGCACAGACGCAGCGUGCACUCGUGGAGGAACAUGUUACUGAGCCCGUGCCGCAGGAAUGUCCCGUGUGCAGCUACAAUGAAUGGGACCCUCUGGAGGAGGUGAUCGUGGGCCGCGCUGAAAAUGCCCAUGUGCCCCCCUUUACUGUGGAAGUGAAAGCCAACACAUAUGAGAAGAACUGGCCCUUCUACCAGAAGUAUGGGGGCCAGUCUUUUCCUGCGGACCACUUGAAAAAAGCCGUUGCCGAGAUUGAGGAAAUGUGCAAUAUUCUGCGUCACGAGGGCGUCGCCGUGAGGAGGCCGGAACCCAUCGACUGGUCCACGGAGUACAAGACCCCAGACUUCGCCUCGUCAGGCAUGUACGCUGCCAUGCCCAGAGACAUCCUUAUGGUUGUGGGAAACGAGAUUAUCGAGGCUCCUAUGGCCUGGAGGGCUCGCUUCUUUGAGUACCGAGCCUACAGACCUUUGAUCAAGGAGUACUUCAGAAAAGGUGCUAAGUGGACCACUGCUCCCAAACCCACCAUGGCUAACGAGCUGUACGAUCAGGACUACCCCAUGCACACGGUGGAGGACAGACACAAGCUGGCCGCCCAGGGGAAGUUCGUGACCACGGAGCACGAGCCCUGCUUCGACGCUGCUGAUUUCAUCCGAGCUGGGAGGGAUCUAUUUGUCCAGAGGAGUCAAGUUACAAAUUACAUGGGGAUUGAGUGGAUGCGUCGUCAUCUGGCCCCAGACUACAAGAUCCACAUAAUCUCAUUCAAGGACCCGAACCCCAUGCACAUCGAUGCCACUUUUAACAUCAUCGGGCCCGGACUGGUGCUGUCAAACCCCGAUCGCCCAUGCCUCCAGAUCGACAUGUUCAAGAAGGCUGGCUGGACUGUUGUGAAACCUCCAACGCCUCUGAUUCCUGAUGACCACCCGCUGUGGAUGUCCUCCAAAUGGCUGUCCAUGAACGUCCUGAUGCUGGACGAGAAGCGCGUUAUGGUCGACGCCAAUGAAAGCACCAUUCACAAAAUGUUUGAGAAUCUCGGUAUCAAGACCAUAAAGGUGAACAUUCGCCAUGCCAAUUCUCUGGGUGGUGGCUUCCACUGCUGGACAACCGAUGUCCGCCGCCGUGGUACCCUGCAGUCCUACUUCCACUAG